UUGACCGGCAACCAUCUAGCGUCUAGUGAUCGAGAUUGUUGUAGCAUUUUAUCAGCGUGCAUAACUUUACAAAGCGAUGAAUUCUACAUCGGUUACUUUAUUGAAAUCAAUUUUAAAAACAGCAAAGUGUAACUGCAGGCAUCAUUAUUCAAGUUUAUAUCGACAAGUGAGGACUCUCCAACAUUUGCAAAGAUGCUACAGUACAGAUGCACAAGAACAUCCAUUGCCUUUACCAAAUACACCAAUAAAGACAUAUUCUCCCAAAAUACAAAAGAUAGUGAAUGAUAUAAGCCAGCUCACUUUGCUAGAAGUAUCAGACUUAAAUGAAUUAUUAAAGAAAACCCUCAAUAUAGCUGAUGCUCCGAUGAUGGCAAUGGGUGUGGCUCCAGUAGCAGUGGCUCCCGCAGUGGCAGAGGUGGUUGAAGAAGCAGCUCCACAAAAAAUGUCCUACACUGUGAAGCUGAUACAGUUUGAUGCAGAAAAGAAAGUGAACCUUAUCAAAGAAAUCAAGACUCUAAUUGCAGGAACAAACUUAGUGCAGGCUAAAAAGAUAGUAGAGUCUGCUCCAGUAAAUCUGAAGAGUGAUUUGACCAAAGAUGAAGCAGAAAAGCUUGUGAAAGCAUUAGAAGCUGUGGGAGGAAAAGCUAGCAUAGAAUAACUUAAAAAAAAAGAAAAGUAUAUAUCAUCUGAACUUAGAAUGUGGAUUAAAAAUAAUGACAGUGCGAGCUGAACUUUUGUUACUUUGGAUACCAAUAUAUAAACUACAUUACAUAGUUUUUUGUUGGAUUUUUACCUGUUUACGUUUUGAAUUUGCAUCAAUAUCUUAAGUAUCAGAAAAAACAUUUUCAAUGAAACUGUUUUUUGAAAAGAAACUGCAUGCAAGUCUUCGAACUUUGCAUUUUUCCAUGUUCACAAAACUACAAUAUAUAUAACAUUUUCUGCCCAAUGAAAUCAGUGUUUGAACAGGGCUAGUUCUUCGAAAUUGUAUUCAUACAAUAUUUUUGUAAGUGUAGUGUGUUAUGUGUAUAUGAUUGUGAUUGUGUUUGUUGACAUAGCCCUCUUGAUAUGGUUGUGUCUUCAUAGGUGAACUAUGCAUUUAUUCAUGCAUUCAAUAAACAUUUCAUGUGAACCUA